CGUUGACCUGCUAAGUCCAUUUUUGGGCAAUUUCAUUUUUUGAGCUGGGCCAAAAGUAUAACCGAUUAUGCACCUUCUAGUAAAGGAAUAAAGUCGAUAUCUAUUCUAAAAAGGUUAGAAAUACCAUGCAAAAAAUACUGCUUUAUCCUUAAUAGCAAAUCUACACAACGAAAAACUGCUUAAUCCUAUUAGACGCUCAGUUUUGUAUUGACAAUGGUCCGCUACUUAUGUGCCUGCUGGAACGCUCGAAGUUUUGCGAUGUUUUAGUUAAUUAAUUAUUUGUAUUUUGGCCAGUAGUGAAGAAAAUUUAAACAAGAAUGUCCCGGGCAAAGAAAAUGUUAGAUUUGGCGAUGGCUAAAAAAUUAUUAGAAAAAUCUGAAACAAUAGUAUCCAAGUCAAAUUAUAAUCCAAAUAAAGUAGUACACGUAUUAGAAGAUGUUCAGAUACAGUAUCCACAAUUAGUAACCUUACCAGAAACUUCAGAUGACGGUGGAAAUAAAGUUUAUUAUGAUAUGAACGACGAUAUCAACAAUAUUUCACUAAUUGAUUUGUCAAAUAGUGUGAUCACGGAAAGCUUGAAUACAAUUUACGUUCCCUACCCUACAAGCCCAGUUUAUAAUGUUGAUAAUACUACAACAAAUGAUAAUUUGAUUAUAAUACCUUCACAAAUUGACAUAGUAUCAGAAUCAACGAAUACUUUGGUUUCAAAUUAUAAUAAUUCAGAUAAUUACCAGAAAGAUACCAUUCAAGCAUCCGAAGCAUUGUGUUAUGAACAAAACCAAUGUUCAUUGCUGACUAUUUCUAAUACUCCAGAUUAUUGUUUUUCUCAAUCAAUGCCAAGUCAAAUAGAAUAUUUCCAUACUAGUUCUGUAGAUAAUAUACCUCUUGUUGAUACUAGUCAUCUUGUGCCUAAUCCGCCGAUAUCAGAUGAAAGCGAUACAGAUAAGAAACUUGUGCCUUAUUCCGAUUCAGAUACAGAUUCGCUCUCUAAAAUAAAAAAAAGUAGUAAACGAAAGAAACGGUUUGAAGUUAAUAAAAAGGAAUGGAUUUCGGAAAAAAAUAAGGAAAGAAGGGAGAGUGGUAAAAGUUAUUAUGGGAGAGAGAGAAAAGGAGACUGCUGGACUUAUGAUUUACCAAAAGAGGCUCGUUCCAUUAAACCAAGAUGUACCUGUAAGAUUAGUAAGUACAGUACUUUGAAAUGUGAGACGAUAGACGAAGACUCAAGAAAGGAAAUUUUUAAACAAUUUUGGAGCUUUACGUGGGGUGAAAAAAAGACACUAGUCAACGAAUGGGUAACCACAAUUGAUACAGUUCGACCACGUAAUCGAAACACUAAAGAGACAACAAAGAGAGCAAAUACAUUUGUUUAUCAUUUAAAAGUAAAUAAUGUAAGAGUCAAAGUAUGUCGAAAGAUGUUUUUAAACACUUUAGAUCUAGGAAGGUGGACUGUUCAAAAUUGGAAGAAGAACUUCUCAUUGCAACCUCCUAGUACAAUGAGACGUCACAAUCAAUCAUCUGAGUUAGUGGUACCGCAGCGCAAAAAAUCAUUAAUUGAAUUUCUUAAUUCUCUUCCUGUAAUGGAAUCACAUUACUGUCGAGCGACAUCACAGAAGUUGUAUUUAUUACCAGAAUGGAAAUCAAAAGAGAGUCUCUAUAAAUUUUACGUUGACGAUUGGUGCAAAGAAAGGAAUAUAGAAGCACUUUCCAUAAGUAUGUUUUCAAAUAUCUUUGAAGGCAAAAAUUUUUCGCUUUUUAGACCCAAGAAGGACCAGUGCGAAAAAUGUGCGUGUUAUAAAGUAGGGGCAGUUACAGAAGAACAACACAAGGAACAUAUUGAGAAAGUUAAACAGGCGAGAGAAGAGAAAGCUAAAGACAAGGAGGGAGAAGACUACGUGUUUACAGUGGAUUUGCAGGCAGUGUUAAUGGCACCUAAAUCGAAUGUCAGCACAUUGUAUUAUAAAACUAAGCUGCAAGUUCACAAUCUUUGCUUCUUUAAUUUAAAAAACAAAGACGGCUAUUGCUUUCUAUGGAACGAAGUAGAAGGUGGACUUAAUGCUGAAGAAUUUGCUUCCAUUUGGGUAGAUUUUUUAGAAAACCAAGUAAUAUCUGAAAAUAUUGCUGCACACGAAAAUAAAACUAUUAUAAUUUACAGUGAUGGUUGCACUUACCAAAACAGGAAUUGUAUUUUAUCUAAUGCUCUUUUAAAUAUUGUUUUAAAACACAAAAAUAUAACUAUCGAACAAAAGUAUUUAGAAGUCGGACACACUCAAAUGGAAGCUGAUUCAAUGUAUUCCACCAUAGAACGUCAUCUCAAAAAUAAAAUCAUUAAUGUACCAGCUGAAUACAUAUCUAUUGCAAAACGUGCUCGAAAAUGCCCAGCACCAUACAUCGUGAAAUAUUUGGAUCACACCUACUUCAAAAAAUUCGACAAAAUACAAUUUUAUAAAAGUAUUCGUCCAGGAAGAUCAAAAGGGGAUCCUAAGGUGACAGACAUUCGAGCUCUGCGUUAUGAAAGCAAUGGAUCUAUCCUUUACAAAACUUGGUAUAACGAUGACUGGCAACCUUUACCACAAAGGAGGUCGUUACGAUUAGUUCCUUGUGAGACUAAUGAUUUAACAAAAUUGCACCAAAAUCGACGUAAAAUCACUCUCCGAAAGUUUCAGGACUUGCAAGAAAUAAAAAAAACUCUUCCGUCAGACUAUCACAAGUAUUACGAUGAUCUACCUCAUGAUUAG